AUGGGUGAUUCACCUGCAGCAACAUCGGCCGAAAAGCCCCAAGAGACGAACGCAGAGCAGUAUGGAAACACCCAGAGUGCUCUGGAUCGCGUAACCACAACCGCAUCUUAUGUUCCUCCUGAAAUGAGCCCGAUCCGUCGCCGCGCCGUCAUGUGUGCCCUCUGCCUGACUCUCCUCUCCACAGCAUCGGAGUACGCGUGGGUGGGAAGCGCGUACACAUUGUCCAGCACGGCAUCCACCCCGGUCUGGGCUAAGAUGUCCGACAUAUUCGGCCGAAAGCUCACAAUUAUGACUGCGGCGGCGACGUUCAUGGCGGGAAGCCUGAUCGCGGCCUUGGCUGGGGACAUUCAAGUUCUCAUCGCUGGGAGGACUGUACAGGGGCUCGGGGGAGGUGGAUCGUUGGUUCUGGUCACGAUUGUGAUUGGCGAUAUCUUUAAGCUGGAGGAUCGGGCCAAGUACUAUGGCAUGACUGGCAUCGUCUACGGGAUUGCGAGUGCGGUCGGCCCAGUACUUGGAGGUGUCUUUACACAGACGAUUGGAUGGAGAUGGUGUUUCUUCAUCAACUUACCGUUCGACGGCGUUGCCCUGGCGGUGUUAUUCUUCACUCUCAAGGUUGAAACCCCCAAAGAGCCAUUCAUUACCGGUCUUCGGGACCUCGAUUGGAUUGGGUUCCUUCUCAUCAUAGGUGGCACAAUCUGCUUCCUCUACGGCCUCGAAACAGGUGCCGGUGGCAUCGUACCCUGGAACUCUGCCUUGGUCAUCUGCCUCAUCCUGUUCGGGGUCCUCAUUCUCGCGCUCUUCAUCGUAUGGGAGGCUCGCUUCGCAAAGAACCCCGUUAUUCCAUUCCGAAUCUGCCAAAAGGUCACCAACAUUGCCUCUUUCACCCUUGCUUGCAUCCACAGCUUCGUAUUCAUUUCAUAUGACUAUUUCCUCCCGCUCUAUUUCCAAGUCGUCCUUGGUUUCAAACCGAUCAUCGCUGGAAUAACGCUAUUUCCUCUGCUUAUCCCACUCACGGUCAUGACAAUGCUCGGGGGGCUGUUCACCCGGAAGACUGGCAACUACAUUGUUCCCAUCUUCUUUGGUUCGGCACUCAUGACUCUCGGGAAUGGCCUGUUCAUCAGCUUUGGCAUCAGCACGGAGUGGGCCAAGAUUGUGUCUUUCCAAAUGAUUACUGGGUUCGGUGCCGAUAUGGCGGCUGCUAUGUCGGCUUUCAGUUUUGUGAGGUCUCUCUUUUCUUCGAUGUCCAUUGUCAUCGGGACGGUGCUGUUGCAGCAUAACCUUGGUGGUGGAGAGCUGACGGCAGGGAAGCUUGGUUCUGAGAAUGGGAACGAUGGAACUCCAGGGGCUAGCAAGGCUAUCUACAUGUCUGCGUUGCGUGUGAUGUGGGCAUUCUUUGCUGGCGUUUCUGGUUGCAUGCUUCUAGCUGCGAUAUUCAUCAAGCCGAAGUCGAAAAAGUCAGGUCAGCCCAACACAAGUCCAUAG